AUGAGAGGUUUCUUUCAUGAACAAUCUCGACCGGAUCGUGAUAAUUAUGUUAAAAUUAAUCUCGAAAAUAUUGAUCCAAAUUUGACAUAUAAUUUUGAUAAAUAUGAUAGUUCAAUAGUAAAUACACAAAAUACUCCGUAUGAUUAUGCAUCAGUAAUGCAUUAUGAACCCGAUGCUUUUUCAUCAAAUAGUUUUCCAACAAUUGAAUCAAUUCAACCAAAUGUUACAUUUGGACAACGUUAUAAUAUGAGUACUAUCGAUAUUCUAGAAGUUCGAUCAUUUUAUAAUUGUUUAUCAAGUGGUAUUACAUUUCCACCAAUGCCUACAACUACAACAGUUAAUUUAUAUAUGAUGAAUGUAACUUUAUCAUCAUCAUUGACGAACAACAGUGAAACAUUUAAUCAUCCUUAUGGUCAAGGUAUGAUUUAUUACUAUGAAGUAUUUGAAGUGACUGUUCCAGUAGAUGGUGAUUAUAUUAUACUUAAGUCUCAUAGUUCAAUUCCUACAUCUGGACUUAUAUAUAAGGAAAAUUUUUAUGCAAAUUCACCAAAUAUUAAUUUACUUGCAAUAGGUUAUGAUAGUGAUGAAAAUAUACAAUUUCAGUUCAAUUUAUAUUUUAAAUCUAAUACACGAUAUAUAUUAGUUAUUACAACAGUUACUUCACAAACCACUGGAAAUUACACAUUAUUAGCAUCUGGAUUAAAUCGGGUUAAUCUUCUUCAAAUAAAUAGUUCUUCAAUUGUAUCAACAACAACAACAACAACCGCGCCAAAUACCGAAUUUGUUAUCUCAACAUAUUCAAGUGCAUUGACCAUAAAUAGUCCUACAUAUGAUCGAUUUGGUGGUUUUGGCAUGUAUUAUUACGAAGCAAUAAUGAUAUCUGUACCUGAAACUGGUUAUUAUGCAGUUGGAAGUAAUAACACUAUUAAUACUUAUGGAUAUUUAUAUUUAAACAGUUUUAAUCCAUCGAACAUAGCGGAAAAUUUAAUUACUGGAGAUGAUGAUAAGGCAGGCAAUUCUCAAUUUGCAAUAGUAUAUGAAUUUAAAUCUAUGACAACAUAUAUUUUGAUCGUAACUACACAUGAUCCAGUAGUCAUUGGACCGCUCUUAAUUUUGGCAGAGGGUCCAAAAGCAGUUACAUUUACUUCCAUGAAGAAUAUAUCAACAACAACAACAACAACAUCAACAACUCCACCAAUAUCAACAACUCGAUCAACAUCGACAACAUCGCCUAGAGGCUCAUCAGCUUCAACAAAAUCCAAUAUUAUUACAAUUCAUCUUUUUCUUUAUAUUAUAUUUGGAUAUGUUCUUGCUUAUUUUAUCUAA